GUACGGUGACCUCAGCAGUUUCCGCGUGUCAGCUGAUCACAGAUUCCGGAUGUCAUGGAACGUGUGGUGGAAAUGGCGAGCGACAAUGAUUUUUCCGUGGCUGGCCCCUCCACCACCCCCCGCAAACGUCAGGUCCGCUUCUCUGCCCGCCAUGACAUCAUGCUGCUGCGGGAGGUCAUCGUCCAGAACCCUUUCAAGUCCAAGGAGACGGGCCGUUCUUGGGGGCGCGUGGGCGAGAUCAUCACGGCCGCCCUGCAGGACGAGAACUUUGAGGUGGAUGCCCGGCGCUGCCGUGAAAGGACCAUGCUGCUGCUGGACUACUACAAGAAGCAGGACUUUGCCAGUCUGCGGAGGUUUGGAACAGAGAGGCUGUACGCGCAGAAGGAGGACCUGCUCCACGAGGUGCUGGAGCUGGAGGCGGAGAAGGGGCUGGCGGGAAAGGAGGAGAGUAAGUACCAGGACGAGGAGCUGAGGAAGCGAGUCCUGGAGGAGCUCAGCAUGCCAGAACAGGACAAGCCCAACCUGCUGUCUGUGACAGAGCCCCCUACAGCGGUCACGACCCCAGAGCCCGAGGAGGCGGAGGGGGUGGAGGAGCUGGUGGACCUGGCGGCGCCCACGGCCAAGCGUGCGUGCCAGUGCUGCUGCCAGACGUACUCGGAGAUCCUGAGCUUCCUGGAGAAGCGGGCGGAGGCCGAGCAGCGUCUACGCGAGGAGGAGAUGGCGUUGCGCCGCGAGGAGCUGGAGAUCCAGCGGAGCAAGAUCGCCCUGGAGCGCGAACGGCUCGCCGUCGAGAGGAGGGAGCGCGAGCGACGCUUCGAGCUGGAGAGCCAGGAGAGGCAGGUCAUCCUGGACCUUCUCCGGGAGAAGGUGCUCAAGAACCCAGAGCCGGCCAGGGGGAAGGAUGCUGAGGGAUGAAGGACAACGACGGCUACUGGGCCUGGAACAGUAAGAGAGAGAAUGAGUGGGGGGAUGUGCUCUGAGACCAGUCAGAGGUUUUACGCAAUGCUGCAGAGUUUUUUUGGACCCAUGCAGACCCGUUUGUCACACCGUCCUGGAACUCUGAGGAAUAAACUAUGUUGACAUUUCAGAAGGGCUAUAAGAUGUGUUAAAAAAAAACAUCUUCAACUUCAUGGGAAGAAAUUCUUAAGACAAUUUUUCUCCCCUUCUAUGCCGAACAUUGUUGAAGACUUUUAACCUUGUGGUUGAUGCCUAAAACCUUUGCCAGUUUACCUAGUGGACAGCAUUUAAAGGGACACCAGGCAAGCCUGAUGCUUUUUCUCUACGAAACUCCCCCUCGCUCGGUCUGAAGCUCUUUUCCUUUUCUUUGCAUCUU